CCCUGGCCGCCGUUCCCUCCCGGUGCCGCCAUCCUCACCUGACCCCCUUUGCCCUUAGUGCCGCUUUCCCCCCCGUGCCCGCUUUUCCCUCCCGGUGCUGCCAUGCCGGGUCCACCCUGCGGGUCCCUGCUCGACUACAAGACUGCCAAGUUCUCGGUGACGCGGAACCGGCGAGUGGGGCUGCUGCACCGGCUGCUGCAGCUGAGCGCGCUGGGCUACCUGCUGGGGUGGGUGCUGCUGCUGCGGAAGGGGUACCAGGAGCGCGACGCGGCCCCGCGUGUCGCCGUGGUCACCAAGGUGAAGGGGGCGGUGGCCGCCGAGGCCGCGGGCCGGCGGCUCUGGGACGCUGCGGAUCUUACCUGGCCCCCGCAGGGAGAAAAUGUGGUUUUCCUGGUGACCCAUUUCACUGCCACAACCCAGCAAGUCCAAGGCACCUGCCCUGAGAGCCCCUCUGUCCUCGACGGGAUGUGCACAGAAGAUGCAGAUUGUCCCAUGGGAAGCCCUGUGGUCCAUGGCAACGGGAUAAAAACUGGGAAAUGUUUGAUGUUCAAUGCCACCCAUUCCACCUGUGAAAUCUAUGGCUGGUGCCCCGUGGAGGAUGACACCCUGCCCAGGAAACCUCUUCUGGCUGAGGCAGAGAACUUCACUGUUUUUAUUAAAAAUACUGUCCACUUCACCAAAUUUAACUUCUCCAGGUGCAACACUUUACAAACCACUGACCCCAGCUAUUUCAAGAGCUGCACAUAUGAUCCAGUCUUCAACCCCUUCUGCCCUGUGUUCCGUGUCCGUGACAUGGUGGAGGCAGCUGGAAAGAACUUUGGAGACCUUGCACUCCUGGGGGGAAUCAUCAGAGUUCUUAUCGAGUGGAACUGUGACCUGGACCACCCCGCUACCCAGUGCCAGCCGCAGUAUUCCUUCAGGCUGCAGGACACGAUGUACAAUUUCAGAACCGCCUCCUACUACUGGGGCUCGCAGCGGCGGCUCUGCCGCAGCCUGCUGAAGCUCUCCGGGAUCCGCCUGGACCUCUCCGUGCACGGCCAGGCUGGGAAGUUCAGCAUUGUUCCUAUUGCCGUGAGCUUCGGCAGCAGCAUCGCCUUCUUUGGUGCCGCUACAAUGGUCUGUGACCUGGUUCUGCUCUACCUGGAUGCAAAUGCUGACCUUUAUUGGAAGGGGAAGUUUGAGGAGAGUGGAGUGGGGGUCCUGGACAGUGAAUCUGGCUGCAUGGAACCAAACAUAGUUGCCAAGGGCCACCUGGGCUGCCUGCAUGCCUGUUGUAUACUGAUGUCCCUGUUCAUUCUGCAGGCAAGACCCCCUAAAAGCAAGCCUAAGGCCACAGCUUAGGGGCACCAGGAAUGCUCCACCACAAACAUCCUUCCCUCCAGAGCCACCUCCAGGUGGAUAUGAUGGGGACAUGGAGGUGGGCCAGUCCUGACCCAGAUGGUCACUGCUGGGGUUAGGAUCUGCCUUUCCUGGAGAGGCGCUGGCAGCAGUUCUUGGCUCCUGGAGCACAGAGCCAUACCAGGGGCAGCUGCCAGCACUGACAGCUGAUGCCAGAGCAGAGCUGCCUGCAGAGCUGGCCAGAACCAGUGUUCUGGGGAGCAGCUGGUCCUGCUUGGCACAAGAGGCUUAAAACGUUUCGCAUUUCUCCAUGUUCCAAUGGUCAUGGGUCUUGAUUUCCCUUGAAAAACAGGGAUGCAAUGGAAUAAAGCU